AUGGCAUCCAUUGGAAAUGAUUGUGUCAUGGUUAAUACUGUGAUGAUACUGAUGAAAGAUAUGCCUAGAACAAGUGAAGCUACUUUAUCCAAUCCCAGGGCUCCAUAUGAUGAGGAUGUGGCUAAGGUUUUACAGGCCAUCAAGCAAAUGGCUGUCCCUGCGCUUGAGGGCACAUCCGGAGUAGAUCGGAGGCUGAAAUUUUUGAAGGUUUUCAUUAGUCUGUCGCCCCCGCAGUAUGCAGGAAAUCCUGAUGAACCGUUAGAAGGGGCGGAGUGGCUUGCAAGGAUAAAGCAAUGUUUUGAUGUAAGUGAUGUCCCCGAUGACCUAAAAGUGGGGUUUGCCACAUACUGUCUUACUGGAGCGGCUCACCACUGGUGGGAAUUUGUUAAAAGGAUGCGUGAUGUUAAAUCCAUCACUUGGGCAGAAUUUGAGGAGCUGUUUUUGAAUAUAUAUUUUCCUCAAACUAUAAGCGCUGCUAAACGCGAAGAAUUUCUAGGGUUGAGCCAAGGAAACAUGACCGUUGCUCAGUAUGCAUCUAAGUUCCUUGAGCUAGCAUGGUAUGCACGAACUAAUCUUGUGAGGUCAGAUGAAUUUGCAGCAUCAGAGUUUCUAAGUGGACUGAGACCUUCCAUAAGACCAAGGGUAGCUCUAUUCAAUACUUAUGAUGGCAUGGUUGCAGCGGCGUUGAGAGUGGAACAAUCUUUGGAGGACAGCGAGGAAGAGUCGUUUGAGGAAGCUUCUGGUGUAGGAGAAAAAAGGCCAAGAAAGCAGUACAUUUGCCACCACUGCGGCGAGCCUGGUCAUAUUCGGCCUAAUUGCCCGGAAUUAAACUCGCGUGGUUUUUGA